AUGAGUUGUUUUACAAUUUAAGUUGUAAAUAUUUCUUAUCUAUUUUAGUCCAAAAACAUGAGAUCAUAAUAUCUAGUUUUUACAAUCCAUAGUUUUUGUUAGGAGAUAAUAUACAGAGAUUCUUUGAAGUAUCCAACUGCAUAAAUAAUUUCUGUAGUAUCCUAUAUCUAUUUCUAUAGCCUUAAGCUGCUUAGGCUUGA